CACAAAUAUAUAUCAACACGUUGAAGGGGUAUUUCCGAUAUUUCCUUUUGCAGCGAACGCAUCAUAAUACGUGUCCUCACGGCAUUUCGAACAUUUCGCAUGGAGAGAUUUAUGUUGCCCUGACUGGAGUUAGGUACAGCGUAUACCCAUAAAAGAAAAAAACGUGUUGGAGAAUCAAGUCAGGUUUAGCCAUGCCCCACUCUGAGUGUGAACCCGGUUCGAAGGUUUCGGACCCACAGCAUUCCCAGAAACUCCUCCGAGUGCUUCGCGUCUUCUGGCAUGAGCAAAGUUUCCACGACGCGCUCCUGGUGGUUGAUGGAGAGGAGCUUCCCGUCCAGAAAAACAUCUUGGCUGCUGCUAGCCCUUAUAUCAGGACCAAGCUGAAUUACAAUCCUCCUAAGGAAGAUGGGUCUACAUACAGGAUUGAGCUGCAAGGAGUCUCCAUGUCCAUCAUGAAACAGAUCCUGGACUACAUCUUCAGUGGUGAAAUCACUCUGAGUGAAGAGACCAUCCAGGACAUGGUGCAGGCGUCUGACCUGCUCCUCAUGACUGACCUCAAGUUCCUGUGCUGCCAGUUCUUAGAGAGCUGCAUUACUGCAGAGAACUGCAUAGGCAUCAGGCUCUUCUCUCUGCACUACUGCCUUCAUCACGUUCACUACAUUGCCACCGAGUUCCUGCAGACACAUUUUGCAGAUGUGGCUGUCUCUGAGGAAUUCAGGGAGCUGCCCCCAAACCGGCUCUGUGAAGUGCUGGCCAUGGAGAAGUUGAACAUAGGCAAUGAAAGACACGUGCUUGAGGCUGUGGUGCGAUGGUUCGCACAUGACCCUGAGGAUCGCAGGGCACACAUGAAGGAAGUGAUGUCUGCAGUAUGGCUGCAUGGCCUUGACAUAGGCUACCUGAGAGAGCAGGCCAUGGGAGAGCUGCUAAUGAGGGAGGUUAUCAGAGAAUAUUGUCAGCCUGUGCUGACAGAGGGUCAGCUGCAGGGUGAAGCUCUGCUCGCUGCGUUCAAACCCAGAGGAUACUCUGAGUGUAUUGUUGUCGCGGGGGGUGAGGAUCGCAAAAACAGGACGGCGACUGCUGUGACGCGUUGCAUGUGUCCACUCUACGACACCAACAGACAGGGCUGGAUUGAGCUGCAGCCAAUGAGCGUAGCCCGUCUUGGACACGGGGUGGUAGCUGCCGAGGGUUUUCUGUUUGUGAUGGGAGGAAGAGAUGAACACAACACAGUCUUGGACAGUGGAGAAAAAUAUGACCCAGAAUCCAACACCUGGAGCCCCAUACCCACAAUGUUACAGGCUCGUCAGAACUUUGGUGUGGUGGAACUAGACGGUCUGAUCUAUGUUCUUGGAGGAGAGAAUCAAGAAACGGAGCUGAUCACCGUUGAAGUAUUUGACCCUCACUUCAGUACCUGGAAAAUGCAAACCAGUAUGACCAUGAUCCGUAAGGUUGGCUGCUACGCUUCAAUGAACAAGAAGAUCUAUGCGAUUGGUGGGGGCUCCUAUGGGAAGCUGUUUGACUCUGUUGAAUGCUUUGACCCCAAAACCCAACAAUGGACCGGUCUCUGUCCUCUGAAAGAGAGACGGUUUGGUUCAGUGGCGUGUGGAGUUGGCCAGGAGCUCUAUGUGUUUGGUGGAGUUAGAAGUCAAGAGAAUGACAACCCCGAUCAAAGACACAUGAUGACCUGCAAGUCUGAGUUCUACCAUGACGAGAUGAGGAGGUGGAUGUUCCUGGAUGACCAGAACCUGUGUAUACAGACCAGCUCAUCCUUUGUUUAUGGUGCUGUGCCCAUCGGAGCCAGCAUUUAUGUAGUGGGAGACCUGGACACAGGAACAAGCUUUGACUACAUCCGAGAGUUUCGCCGCAGUACCGGGACAUGGCAUCGCACAAAGCCCAUGUUACCCAGCGACCUCUCCAAAACAGCCUGUGCCGCCCUGCGCAUCGCCAACUGUCGACUAUUCCGACUUCAGUGGAGCCAGGGCAUGUUCCGAAUCCGAGUCUGAGUCCAGUUUUGCACACUGGUAUUUUCUGCCUGCUCUAGGUUAUGUUAAGGGAUUUUAUGAACACUUAAGUAUUACAGUCACUUGAUGUUGAGGAUUGUGACUGCUCUGGGGUUUUGUACUCAGGACCCUUUUCCUGAAUGACUUGAGGGGGCAAAAGCUCAUCCAAACACAUUUUUGACAUUAUAUGUUUUAUGGCAUUUUUUAUAUAAUUAUAGUAUAUUAUAAGUAUUUCAUUCUCUUAACCAUGGGAUUGGAUCAGGCCUAUUUUUUCUUUCUUUUUAAAGGACGUUCCUCAUUUAUAAUGUUUAUUGGUGAUCUAUUAACCUGGUAAGGGAUUUAAACUUUAAGCAAAAUUUGACAAAUUAAUUACCACAUUAUCACUUGAGGGAUUAUGUUACACAUUUUAAAAGUACUGUUGUGUUGCAAUUUGCAUUUUAGGAUCUAUUAUGUUGUUUGAUGUUGUAUAGUUUGUGUCUCUAUCCAGAUGUAGGCAAAAUGAAAAUUUGUUUAAUAUUAUUUGAUAUUUGCAGCAGGUGCAGAGGGGUUUGAAGGUAGGAAUUGUUAUCCAAAGAAAUCCAGUGUUGAAAGCAAAUACCUAACUAUCUUUCACACCUGCUACUUACUAUGGUAUAGACCAGAAUGCAUUGUAACCACAAACAAGCCAUUUUGAGUAAUGGGCCCUGCACACUUUACUAUUAUGAUGAUCUUGUGGGUCCAGUGCAUGUCGCUCUCUGUAAAGCCUGUAUGUUGCAAUCUGUGUGAGCCUAUAAAGUAUCAGUAUCAGGACCUGUCAGACUGUAUGGUGAAUGCCUGGUGAAUCAAAGUGCUACAGUGUUACCAGAAAUAAAUCAAAAGCAGUGAAAUGUCAACCCA